GAUAGCCCACUCAAUGCAACCCUAAAUCGAUCCUCGUACAUGAACAUUGGCGCCAUUGUUCUUUAGGAUUUUCCUGGCAUGCUGGCAUGAAUCAAUCUUGAUGGAUACAAGUAGGUACCAACCAACAAACAACCACGAGUAGAUGCGAAUAAUUUAUCAACUUUUUGUAACUUGUAUAUAAUUUUUCGAGUCUAUUCUAGAGUCAAACUACUCAGGUAGAGAGCAAUAGAUGAGUGGUGUUCAAAUGUUCAAAUGUUCAAAUGGAAUACUAGGUAAUCAUACUCACAACAACAAUAAUUAAAUCCAUCUGGAAAAUCCGGUCCCCAACAUUCGCAUUUUACCUACGUCACAGCCUCGAGCCUUAUCCGCAAAGGGAAACACAUGAUUUAAACUUCUACAUCGGACAUAUCACUUAUCGAUUGCGAACGACCAGAGACACACGAGACCUCACCAUAUCAACAACUGUACCAUUAUUCUUGAUCAAAUACUCGUACUCUCGAAUACAAUCUCUACCAACGACGAUAUUAAUGAACUAUCGCAAGAACGAGAAUCUUUGUCAUGAUGCGAAGCAAGCAAUCUUCAUCGCUGCAAAAGACAUACGAUGAGUGUUAUUUAAUUUGUUCGACGGCUGUAUAUUUCGAAGGGCAGGGUAAUGAGGCAGAAGCUUUAAGAUCAUGGCGGUCGGCUCUCGAUCAAAUCUAUUAUCAUAAUGCAUAUCGAGUUCCCGCAGGCUAUACACCCAAAUCAGAAACCGAAAAGGCUUUGAAGGAUAGUCUGAGGUCGAUGGAAAUGCAAUGCAAAGAACGUGUCGAUUUAUUGGAAGCGCUCAAAGCCUCACGGGAAGAGAAGAACAACGGAGAGAAGACACCACCGGGAGAAACUAGCAGCGGCAGUGGGAGUGGAAGGCUCAAAUCAUUUUUGAAGUCUUCACGCGCUUCCUCGGAUUCUCAACGCCCUGCUAUAACAGGUAUGAGUAAUACAAUCGGGGAGGGUACAAUUCCCGCGGUCAAUUACGAUGGUCUGCCGAAACCUACCCCUCCUCCCUUACCCCAACGACCUUCGAUGGCCCCCAAAAAUAGUUCGGAGAUGGCGGUUGUUGGCGGUGGUAGAAGUAUGUCAAGUUCUUCGAUUGCAUUGCCAACAGCAUCAUCGAGGCCGCCCGCUCCAACAUCUCAUCCAUCAGUCCCUGCACCACAACAUAAAAUGUCGAAAGAAUCAAGAAGUCCUAGUCCCGAAAAAGGAGGAAGAACAAUGCUUCAAACAUUAAGAUCCGGCGAUUCCAAGAAAGGCAAAAGUUCUCGUUCAAACAGAAAGAAGGACGAGAAUCCUAUAACGAAUAAAGCUGCUACCCUGGCAUGGAAUACAAUGGGCAGAAAAGGGAAAGAUAAGGACAAAUUGGGCCGUUCGCAAGAUCCGGAGACUGACAGUAGUACAACAAACUUACCUGGUGAUAAGCCCAGCUUUUCAGAUCCAAUCAAAGGGAAGCAAGUGCCUCCGAAUCCAGUCCGAUUUGAUAGCACAACAAGAACUCUGGUACCAGAUGUACGACCGCCGCGAAAAUCACCACCAGAUUUAUUGACAGGCUUGAACGAUAUGGUCGGAGCUACAGGUCAAUCAAAUGGAUAUCCUUUUCCUCCAACAGAUCCAGGUCAACCAGGUGCCGUUGCUGGACAUUCUCUCACCACUGCUACCAUGAAAGACGUGAUUGGACUUGAUUCUCCACUCAUACCACAACCUAUUGAGCCCAACCUCGGGCCAUCGUUACAACCACGACCAGCCGAACCUUCUGCUUCCACGUUCUCGCAGCUCAAGAAGGGACCUCCGCCACCUCCACCUCACUCAAGACACCCAGGUAAAUUUGAACCAUUAAAAUACCCGACGUAUCUCCAAGAGUAUCCUGAUACGAUUGCCAAGAAAGGCAACCCAGACAACCUACCGGUACCUCAACGUCGGAGACCAGCUCCCAGAGUAGAUUCGAACGCCGAACUUUCAACAUCAUCAAAUCGCUUACAAAGAAAACCAGUAUCUGCAAACACUUCCUCACCAAGACGUAUAGAUGAUAACAAAAAGUCACGAGGGAAGGAACUUAGGCGAGUACACGGAGAUGAUACUUCGUCUCAGAGUGCGAAUGAUGAUACCAGUAAUGAAGAAUUGCGAACUCGGCCUAAAAGGAAGCAAAAGCAGGUGGUAUCGCCAAUACUUGUCGAUCCUACAACCCCAACGUCUGAAGAGUCUAAUGACUCUGCCACGGAUAGGAUUAAGAGUGCAUGGGAGGAGAAAGUCGAACAUCUCAUGAAGAAUUUGCCGAAAGGGGUUGAUGAAGGGGCUGCUAAACAGAUUUUUAAUGAGAUUGUAGUUCAAGGUGAUGAGGUACACUGGGAUGAUGUUGCUGGUCUGGAUGUUGCCAAGAAUGCGCUCAAAGAAGCUGUUGUUUAUCCUUUCCUACGACCGGAUCUGUUUAUGGGCCUUCGCGAACCAGCCCGUGGUAUGCUAUUAUUUGGUCCCCCAGGUACUGGUAAAACUAUGUUAGCAAGAGCGGUCGCCACCGAGUCGAAGUCUACUUUCUUCUCCAUCUCGGCUAGUAGUUUGACAAGCAAGUUCUUGGGUGAGUCCGAAAAACUUGUCCGAGCAUUGUUUUCUCUUGCAAAAGCACUGGCACCAAGUAUCAUAUUUGUCGAUGAAAUCGACUCUCUUCUUUCUGCACGAUCUGGAGGAGAGCAUGAAGCCACAAGGCGUAUUAAGACCGAAUUCCUUAUCCAGUGGAGUGAUUUACAAAGGGCUGCAGCUGGUAGGGAACAAACAGACAAGGAAAAGGAAAGGGGGGAUGCUAGUCGAGUACUAGUACUUGCUGCAACAAAUUUGCCUUGGGCAAUUGAUGAAGCUGCAAGACGAAGAUUCGUGAGAAGGCAGUAUAUUCCUCUACCUGAGGAUGAGACUAGAGCCAAGCAAUUACAUACUUUAUUGGGACAUCAAAAGCAUGGGUUGAAAGAAGAUGAUAUUGAUCAGUUGGUCAGAUUGACCGAUGGAUUUUCGGGAUCUGAUAUUACGGCAUUGGCCAAAGAUGCGGCCAUGGGACCUCUACGAUCUCUCGGAGAAAAGCUUUUGGAAAUGACCAUGGAUGAUAUUCGACCAAUGCAAAUUGAAGACUUCCAAGCUAGUUUAGUCAAUAUUAGACCCAGUGUAAGCAAGCAAGGACUACAAGAAUUUGAGGAUUGGGCAAGGGAGUUUGGUGAACGUGGAGGUUAAUGUCAAGGUCAAGGUCAAGGUCAAGGCAAUAAUUGAAUGGCAUGUGUAUAUGUAUAUGACUUGGUGUAUCAAUAUUUUAGCUUUUGGAUGGAUUUGGGGCUCGGUAUACAAUAGGGUCAUGGGUUUAAGGAAUCCGGGAGGUGCAUGGAAAGGUUCUUGAUAGCUGGAGGG